AUGAGGACGAUAUUCGAGGAGGUGGACGACGAGAAGUACGGCAGGAUCACCUGGCAGAAGUUCCGGGACUACCUGCGGAGCGACAGGGCGCAGGCCUUUCUGGCCACACAGCAGCUCGACACCUCCGACGCCGCCCGCCUCUUCAGCCUCAUGGAGGUGGACGACGCGGGGGCCGUCAGCGUAGAGGAGUUCGCGCUCGGCUGCAUGCGGCUGCGUGGGCCCGCCAAGAGCUCCGACGUGGCCCUCCUGCUCCGGGAGGCCAAGGUCGGGCGGAAGAACGCGAAGAUGCUGUUCCGGCUGGGAGUUCGCUUGGACCGCCUCUGCAGGAUCCUCGACGUCCCCAGUCUCGACGACGGGGCGGGCGCCCCCCCCAGCGGGUCGCUCCUGUCUGCACGCUCGGCGACGGCACCGCACCCGGGCUAG